AUGCAGGCGAUCAGGCUUAGCAAGAAGUACCCCGAGUUCAAGCAGGACGAGAUCUUUGACCUCAUCAACAAAUUCAAACAAAUCGAUGUGGAGGAGCGAGGAUCGCUCGAUAAGGCGGCGGUCAUCCAGGCUCUCCAGUCAUCCGGAGAUGCUGACUAUGACUCGGCUCGCGAGACACUGAAGAAUGUCAACGUCGACUCGGCAGGUCGGAUCGAGGUGGAGGAUUGGGUACAGCUGCACUCCUUACUGAAGGCAGGGAAGAACCAGCCUCUGCUCGAGACGACGAAAGGAAAGAUCUCAGUUAAGGGCACAGCAGGAACCAACUCGAGUCACACCAUCAACGAGGAUGAGCGGACGUCGUUCACCGACCACAUCAACGGGGUUCUUGCUGGCGAUAAGGACAUUGGCCACAUCCUCCCCAUUCCAUCCGACACCAUGCAGCUGUUUGACGAAUGCAGGGACGGUCUGAUUCUGUGUAAGCUCAUCAACGACUCGGUACCCGAUACGAUCGACGAGCGAGUCCUCAACAAAGCAUCUGCCAAGGGCGGAAAGACGCGCGCACUCAACGCAUUCCAGAUGACCGAAAACAACAACAUCGUCAUCACCUCGGCAAAGGGUAUCGGAUGCUCGGUCGUCAAUAUCGGCUCGGACGAUCUCCAGGAGGGGAAGGAACAUCUCAUCCUCGGCUUGAUCUGGCAGAUCAUUCGGAGGGGUCUCUUGAGUAAGAUCGACAUCAAGAUCCACCCGGAGCUGUAUCGCUUGCUGGAUGAUGGGGAGACGCUGGAGGAGUUCUUGAGGUUGCCGCCAGAUCAGAUUCUGCUUCGGUGGUUCAACUACCAUUUGAAGGCUGCGGGACACAAGCGCAGAGUACAAAACUUCUCCAACGACGUCAAGGACGGAGAAAACUAUACUGUCCUCCUCAACCAGCUCAAACCGGACGAGUGCUCCAUGGCGCCUAUGCAAACCAGCGACCUCCUCAAACGCGCCGACCAGAUCCUCAACAACGCCGACCGGAUCGGGUGCAAGCGCUUCCUCACACCCAACUCGCUCGUCGCUGGAAACCCCAAGUUGAACUUGGCGUUCGUCGCCAACCUGUUCAACACAUGGCCGGGACUCGCACCGCUCGAGGCCACUGAGGCCCCACCAGAGAUUGAAGACUUUGAUGCAGAGGGAGAAAGGGAGGCGAGGGUGUUUACGCUGUGGUUGAACAGUCUGGAUGUGGAGCCCGGAGUGUACAACUUGUUCGAGGACCUCAAGGACGGCUACAUCCUUUUACAAGGCUUCGACAAGGUCAUUCCCGGUUCAGUGAUCUGGCGACGCGUUUCCAAGCCCAAGGAGGGACAAGAACUCUCCCGGUUCAAAGCCGUCGAGAACACCAACUACUCUGUCGACCUCGCCAAGUCCAACGGGAUGCACAUGGUCGGUAUCCAAGGCGCCGACAUUGUCGACGGCACCCGCACCCUCGUUCUCGGUCUCGUAUGGCAGCUUAUGCGUCUGAGCAUCAACCAGACACUUGCCAAGAUUAGCAAGAAUGGAAAGGGCGUGACGGAUCAGGAUAUGGUCAAGUGGGCCAAUGAGACGGUCAAGAAGGGAGGCAAGAGCAGUACGAUGCGGAGCUUCAAGGAUCCGAGCUUGAGCAACGGGGUGUUCUUUUUGGAUCUGUUGAAUGGGGUGCGGCCGGGUAUUGUGGAUUACGCGCUGGUGGAUGAUGGCAGCGAGUAUGAGAGCAAGAGGCAGAAUGCGAAGCUGGCUAUUUCGAUCGCGAGAAAGAUGGGUGCUCUGAUCUUCCUCGUUCCGGAAGAUAUCGUCGACGUGCGGCCAAGGCUUAUUCUCACCUUCGUUGGUGCUUUAUGGAGCGCUUCCUUGAACCAGUAG